AAGGCAUAAAUAGCUGAGGGAAGCGUUCAGGUCUCGCAGUCCCUCCUCAAGACAGCCCAGGCACAAGUUUCACUCCUCAACUUCAACGAUAACCACAUCUGUAUCUGAAAACUCACUCAGUAACAAGCAUGGAAAGAGACAUGAACGUGAGCAGCACUAGCAGUGUGGUGCACUGGCUAGCCAGCCUGACCCUAACCCUGCUUGGGAGUGUCCACCCCAUGCCUGUGACCAUAGACCCAGUGUGCACGGCAGACACCACUGCCAAGUACAGCCUGACAUUUACAGGGAUGUGGAGCCAAACCUCCUUCCCUAAGCAGUACCCAAUCUACCGUCCCCCUGCCCAGUGGUCCCCUCUCAUUGGGGUGACCCACAGUUCAGACUAUCAUAUCUGGCAGCGGAAUGAGUUUGCAAGCAACGGGGUGAGGGAGUUCUCUGAGAAGGGUGAGGCCUGGACUCUGAUGAAGGAGGUGGAGGCGGCUGGGGAACGCAUCCAGAGUGUCUACGGGCUGUUCUCUGCUCCAGCCUUGGUUGGGGGAACGGGCCAGAUGACCUCAGAGUUCGAGGUCUUUGCAAGGCACUCUUUUCUAUCCUUCAUAGUGCGGAUAGUUCCCAGCCCAGACUGGUUCCUGGGAGUGGACAGCUUUGACCUGUGUGAGGGAGACCAGUGGAAGGAGAGUGUCACAUUGGAGCUGUACCCCUACGAUGCAGGCACUGACAGUGGCUUCACCUUCUCCUCUCCCAACUUUGAGACCAUUCCUCAGGACAAAGUCACACAGAUAACGUCAUCUUCUCCAAGCCAUCCUGCCAACUCUUUCUAUUAUCCCCGUCUGAAGAAUCUGCCACCCAUGGGCAAGGUCACCCUCACAAAGACCAAGAACAACCAGAUCUUCAGCAUACCCAUGGAGCCCACCCAGUUCAACCAGACUGGCAAUGAGAUUGGCAAUGAGAUUGAGGACUCUCUCAUAAAUUCCACCCCUCUAGACUGUGAGGUGUCUGCAUGGUCACCCUGGGGCCUGUGCAAAGGCAAAUGCGGAGACUCAGGCGUGCGCCACAGAACUCGCUACAUUCACCUACAACCAGCAAACAAUGGGGUAGUCUGCCCCCCACUGGAAGAGGAGAACAAAUGUAUCCCUGAUAACUGCUUAUGACUGGCCGGCAAGAGUACGAAACAGAAAAGAAGAGGCCAUGCAAGACGACAAAGAGUACGAAAGAUGCGUCCGUCAUCUCCACUGGAGAAGCCCAAGCUGUAGAAAUUGACCCUUUUCUCGCUGGGCUUCCUAGCCUAUUCACUGGGAACAGUGGAGGCUGGUGAGGAGAGGACGGUUCAAAGUAAUGGCUGGAAUGGAAUAGAUGGAACAGUAUCUAACCAUUAGAAACAAGUGUAAUAUCAUUCCAUUCCAGCCAUUACUAUGAGCCCGUACUUCAAUUUAAAGUGGCACCAGCCACCACUGACUGGGAAAGAUUUAUAAAUGGGUCACAGACAUGCAAUUAUUGUGAAGCCUGAGGAGUGAAGAGGUUGUCUAGAAACUUUGCCCUUAGUUCUUCCUUGUGAUUAAUGUUUCCCUAUGUUAUUGGGUUUUCUGCGGUAGCUAGCCAUGAGUCUGAAAAAUCAUUCUUAAAUUCAAAUCUGGACCUGGAAGCCAGUUACACUGUUUUUUUCUUCUUCUUCUUCAUUCCUCCCCUCUAAUCCAGGACUGAUUUAGACCUGGGACACCAGGUGGGGCCAACUAAUUAUCAGGUAGAACAGAAAACCAGCAAUACUUCAGACCUUGCAGGGUAAGAUUUGAACAUCCCUGUUACAGAUGAUCAGCACUGUUGGAAAAAGUACCCAAUCAUCAUACUUGAGUAAAAGUAUAGAACAUCACUUAAGUAAAAGUGAAAGUCACCCAGUAAAAUGUUACUUGAGUAAAAGUCGGCACCAUGUUCUUGUUUUUAGCCAGGGGCAAACUCCAACACUCAGACAUUAUUUACAGACAGCCAGGGGCAAACUCCAACACUCAGACAUUAUUUACAGACAGCCAGGGGCAAACUCCAACACUCAGACAUUAUUUACAGACAGCCAGGGGCAAACUCCAACACUCAGACAUUAUUUACAGACAGCCAGGGGCAAACUCCAACACUCAGACAUUAUUUACAGACAGCCAGGGGCAAACUCCAACACUCAGGCAUCAUUUACAAAAGAUGCAUUUGUGUUUAGUGAGUCCGCCAGAACAUUGGCAGUAGGGAUGACCACGUGUUCUCUUGAUAUGUGUGUGAACUUCACAAUUUUCCUGUUCUGCUAAUCAUUCAAAAUGUAAGGAGUACUUUGGGUUGUCAGGGAAAAUGUAUGGAAUUAAAAGUACAAUAUUUUCUUUAGGAAUGUAGUGAAGUUAAAGUAAAAGUUGUCAAAAAUAUAAAUAGUUAAGUAAAGUACAGACACCCCCAAAAACCUACAACAAUUUCUCCAGUACUUUAAAGUAUUUUUACUGAAGUACUUUACACCACUGACGAUAUGGCAGUCAACCCCAAAACCUCAUAGAAGGCUCCAUUACUUACAAUAGACCAGAUGUGUGUUUACAGAUAAAGCACUCUUUUCCAUGAUGCUCUCUACUACAGAGAAUAUAUUUAUUUACAGGGUUUGGACCUUUACUGUACAGUAUCAAGCAGUAUAAAUCUCACACUCGAUCGUGCUAUUGAGAUAUUGUCAAAAUCAGAGAGAAAUGGCAAAAUGCGUACUUUUCUGAGAAAAUGUACCUCCUUCUAAAAAACAGUACACCGAAUUUUGUUGAUGUUUGUCUGUCUGUAUGUAUGUUCUUUGUAAGUCCAAUAAACUGUAAAUACAUGUAA